AACGGCAACCGGUCGAGACGGGGACGGGACGAGGACGAGAGACGAGACGGGCUGGCCGGCCAGUCAGCUGUCGUUGUCGCUGUCAGCCGGGCAUUGGCACUGGCUCCUCCGGCCCCUCUGCUCUUCUCCUUCUUUCGCUUCGUUUCGCUGUUCUGUUCGCUGCACUCGCACCCGGUUUGUGUGGUGUAGUUUGACUACGCUACCCGUCCUGCGGUCCGAGUCCGAGCCAAGCGGCGCUCUGUCAAGCCCAAGUAACUGCCUCGCCUCGCUGCCCGCUGUCACGGAGGCGUUGCUUGUGUACAGUGUAGUGUAUACAUAGCGCGGCCCCGGGCCCCGACAGCGACAGACAGAGACAGAGACACAAGAUGACGGCUGACCCCUCCGAGGACCAGCGCGUGCGGCUGCGGCGAGCCAAGAGUUUCACGCAGGUGGAGCAGUACCUGGAGCAGGAGACCAAAGUCCGGAAGAACCAGCCCGACCGGCCAUGUCAUCGCCCGAGAGACUCUCUGUUCUCAUGGUCGUCAGGGUUCGACAACUUUGCUGGACUUGUCAACUGGGGUUUCCUCCUCCUAUUCAUGGGGAGCAUGCGUCUUCUUUUGGAAAACUUUAUCAAGUAUGGAAUCCGAGUGAACCCAAAGCAGUGGCUUGAGCUGAUAACUGGGGAUGGAGGACCUGAAACUGCAACUAUCGUCAUUGUUCUUUACUCUAUUGUUCCUGUGGUGAUCUGUUUACUUCUUGAGAAAGGUCUAGCUGCUGGUAUCCUGACGUCCAGGUUUGGAUUGACAUCCCACAUUGUAAACCUUCUGACUCAUAUUUUAUUGCCAAUGGUGGUUGUACACACGAGGGCCAAAGCCUUUAGUCUCAUUGCUGCAUCUUCUGUAUGUAUGCUAUACAGCGUUCUGUUCUUGAAGCUGUGGUCUUAUGUCCAAGUCAAUAUGUGGUGCCGCAAUACUCGCCAGAUGACGGCUAGCAAAGCUCACCAGCGAAGACAAUCUAUUUCAGUUGGAAAACUAGCACUACAGGGUCAACAAGCUAAAAGUGCAAAUGGUGUUGGAGAGAAAAGCCCCAAAAAAGAAUCUGAUUUGGCCUCUACAAAGCCUGUUCAAUACCCUGAUAAUCUAAGUUUGCGUGACUUGUACUAUUUUAUUUUGGCUCCAACUCUUUGUUAUGAGCUUAACUUCCCCCGCUCAACACGGAUAAGGAAAAGAUUUCUGAUCAAGCGGUUGCUAGAGGUCCUGAUUGGCAUUCAAGUAAUGAUGAGUCUGUUUCAACAAUGGAUUAUUCCAUCUGUGAAAAAUUCGCUCAUUCCUUUCUCUAAUAUGGAAGCUGCCAAAGCUGUUGAGCGCCUACUGAAACUUGCAAUUCCAAACCAUCUAGUGUGGUUGUGUUUCUUCUAUCUCACUUUCCACUCUUGGUUGAACUUGAUGGGUGAACUGUUGCACUUUGCGGAUCGAAACUUCUACUUGGAUUGGUGGAAUUCUAACAACAUUGAUACAUUUUGGCGUAGUUGGAACAUGCCUGUUCACCGCUGGGCUGUGAGGCACUUAUUUAUACCACUUAUUGAAGCUGGAUAUACUCGAGUAACUGCCACAAUCGCUGUGUUUUUCAUCAGUGCCUUUUUCCACGAAUUUCUAGUCAGUGUUCCCCUCCGCACUUUCAAAACGUGGGCGUUCAUGGGAAUGAUGGGACAGGUACCAUUGUCGCUGAUUUCUCGCUGGGUGGAAAAGCGAUUGGGGCCAAGAUGGGGCAAUAUGACUGUUUGGGCAUCGUUGAUUCUGGGACAGCCACUUUGCAUUAUGAUGUACUACCACGACUAUGUUGUAACACACUUUGGUGAGGCCCUCAUAGACAGUUAUGGGCAUGUAUAAAUUAGAUUGAAUAGUAUUUAUACUUGAUAUUCAAACUGAGAAUAGAAGUUAGGUUGUUAAAGGGCAAGUGGUUCCUCACCCUCUUGCUGUACUAUAUUUUAACCUGUUAAUACACUGCAGUGCCAUCUGGAUCAAUUUAACAAAGAUUUGAGAGAGACAAAAUGUGAUUUACUGCAACCAUCAAAGAUGUGGGCUGUAGAGGCUGAAGUAGAUGUUAGAUAUAUUAUGUGGGUCCGUUUUUGAACGGAUAUAGAAUUAUCUCUUUGUGAUAAGUUAUACUAUGUUAUUGUUUUUAUGUUCUAUCUUAUGUAGUUUUUUAUAUUGAUCCCUUUUCUUUUUUAAAAAGAACUCAUUUCAAAUGUGCCAUUUGUAUUUGUGUUGUGAACAAAUUGAGUGAUGUUUGUAUAAUUGGUGCUAUGUAAUCCCAAAGCAAUUUCUGCCUAAAUGACUGUUGAUAUUUGUGAAAACCCUAGUACAAACUUUGUUAAAAGAUUUUAUAUUUUUAAAUAAAUUUUCUAGUUGCUGAGGUAGUGAAAUCUUAA